AUGAACUCAAUUCUGUCAACUUUCAAGCCUGAUGCCUCUGGUACGCCCCCGAAGCAGAUGCCAUACAUUCCCUGGCUGAAGCUAAAUGAUGGCAAUGAGAUCCCUAUGCUUGCAUAUGGAUUGGGCACUGCCAACUACAAGUCUGGCGGCGCUGGAUUCGAUGAGAAGAUUGUCGACAACACCGUCACAGCCAUCAAACUCGGUUAUCGUCAUCUAGACGGCGCAGAAGUCUAUGGCAAUGAGGAGGAGCUCGGCGCAGCGAUCAAGAAGGCUGGCGUCCCAAGAGAGAAACUGUUUGUCACGGCCAAGAUCGCCGGAAACAAGAAGCAGAACACCGAAGAGGCCUUCGCUCGCACGUUGGAGAAACUCGGUCUUGAAUAUGUUGACCUGUACCUGAUUCAUGCCCCCUUUUUUGCCGACUCCGACGAGGAGCUUCAGCAGAAAUGGGCCGACUUUGAGGCUAUCAAGGAGUCUGGCCGGGCCAAGUCUAUCGGUGUCUCAAACUUCCUGCAGUCUCACCUCGAAGCCAUCCUGAAGACGGCUAAGAUCCCCCCUGCGAUCAACCAGAUCGAGUAUCAUCCUCACCUCCAACAUGGUGACUUGCUGGACUUCCAUCGCAAGAACAACAUUGCUGUUUCAGUCUAUGCCCCCUUGACACCGAUCACAGCUAAUAUUGAGAGCCCAGUCAGGACUAUCUGGGCCAAUCUUUCCAAGAAGUAUGGCGUCAGUGAGUCCAUUAUCGGACUCCGAUGGUGUAUCGAUCAAGGUCUGGUCACUAUUACGACCUCGUCAAAGGAAGAAAGAUUGCAGAGUUACCUGAAUCAUCUUCCUGCUAUCAAACUGACACCGAGGGAGGUGAGCGAGAUCGCAGAGGCUGGAAAGUCUAAACAUUUCCGAGGCUUCUGGAAGAACAAGUUUGACCCUGAGGACACUCGUUAA